UCUGAAUGUCGAGAUGAACGAAUACGACCAUCAGCAAAGGCGCGGAGGUGUGUGAUGGAGGAAGAGCAUCGACGCGAAUCAAACAACUAGAGCAAGGCUAUUGAAGAACGAUGCCCCGCAGUCGUCGUAACCGGGCUUACUGUGGCCAUCUGACGGAGUGCAUGCUUGCGAACCGGAGACAGUGCUGUGCGUGCCAGGACCGGCGUCCGCAUUCGGAGGAUGGUCGGUAUAUGAUCUAUAUCGACGGACGGGGGAAUGUGAAUGAGGGGAUGCGGUGGUCGCUGUACUGCACGGCUUGUAAAGAUUACUGGAAUCAAUUACACGAGCAGGAGCUUUCCGAGAUUCGGGCACGCGAAGAGGAAGCAUUGCAAGCGGAGCGAGAGAGAUCAGAAAGCGAGGAGCAGGCCGCAGCGCCGGUGCAGCCGAGCCGUCAUUUCCCGGUGUUUAUUCGACCAAAGACAUGUGCGCAUCAUCAAUCGCAGUGCGCGCUGACGACGACUGAUUUGUGCUGCCAUUGCAUGGAUCGGCGGCCGGUUAGCGAGAACGGGCGAUACGAUAUCUACGUCGACGGCCGAGGGACUGUGAAUGAAGGCAGACGGUGGGCGAUGUACUGUAAUCCGUGCAAGGAGUACUGGGAACGCUUGACCGCGGAAGAGGACGGUGAGAGAGCGGUACCGGCUGUUGAGCAAUCCAGAGCGCGAACGCAGAGAGUGCAGCGGAUGAGGAACGCUCUGGGCACGGCCGAGGAGAUUUCUAGCGAUGACUACGUGUCACCGGUGACGUCGAUGUUCCAGCGAGCGAUUCGCUGGCGAUUACAGCAGCAGCGGUUUGAGCGGCGGCAGGAACCGCGCUGGCGAGCGAACGAGGAUGGGGCGGGAGUAGGCGCAAUUGCAGGAGCAGAGGGAGGUGACGACGACGACGAGCCUGAAGUGAUGGAUAUCCAACCAGUAGACGAGGAGACCGAAAGAAGACGGCAAGAGGAGGCGCGGCAGAUAGCAUUGGAGCGCGAAGAGCGAUUACGACAGCUGCAAGGGGAUGAGCAGGAGCGGGUCAACGCGGUGCGCGAACGACGGGUGUAUGAGAUUGUACAAAGCAGACAGGCGCAGGAGACAUCGGAUUACGCGUUAGCGAUGAUGCUGCAGGAGCAGGAAGAUAGAGAAGAGGCUGGUGAAGCCAGGGUGGGUGUGGUGGAGGAGGCUGUGGUUGAGGAGCAUGCAGAGGCUGUUGCUGCGGUGGAGAAGAGAGAGGCACCACCGCCGCUAGAGCCGGAGGAGCUGGUGGUGAAUGUGGAGUGCAAGAUCUGCUUUGCGCAGGUUGCGAAUAUAGUGUUUCUGCCCUGUGCGCAUCUGGCGGUAUGCGAAUACUGCGCGGAGUCGCAUGCGCCCGAGGGAAGGAAUGGAGCGCUGGCGCGGAUGGGGCGACUGUGCCCGAUAUGCCGGCAGGCGAUAAAGAGGAAGCUGAAGGUGUACAGGGUGUGAGGAGGGUAGAGGAGGGUGGGGAAGAGGAGAGGAUGCCAGCAGAGCGUGAAGAGAUAACAGCAGGCGGUGGGGAGGAGGGCAGAAGUCGAGAUAACACCGAGCUCGGGCUAAGCGAGAGAAGCCUCGCGAUAAGAGCCACUGAGUGAACCCGGCGAGACACUGAGAGCACUAGAACAUUAAGAAGACCACAGCAGACGGCUUUGGCCGCUGCCUGAGUCUUUCUUGUCUCUGUUUUGUGUCUUUUUGCCAUCAAAAUGAAGAAAAAGGGCACCGGCAGAACACCAAAGAGAGGCCGGUCGGCUUCGAGCGUCCGACGAGCCGACUGACGGACUUGACGGACGACGGAGACUCCGAUAGUUCGUCACGUGAUUAGAAUUAAAUGGGCGACGGUCUGGCCGGAUGCCCCUGAACUUUAAACGUCGGGAGUACGCGUGUGUGAGUUGUGUUGGUAGUAGAGAAGAGAAGUAGAAGGAGUAGAAAUAAAGAACAGUGAUA